GAGCCGUGUGAAGUUGAAGGGGGAAAUUCAGUUAACACCUCCGAACAGAGAAAUACACAGUACAACAAAUAUACGAAACAACGCCUUAUACCACUUAUACACCCCCUAUCAACCAAACCAAUUAAGAUGGAGGAUAUAUCGCAUGAGGAACAGUCCCUGAUCUGGGAAGCCUUCCGCAUCUUUGACAAGGAGAACGAGGGCGCCAUCACCUCUAAGGAGAUGGCGGUGGUGAUUCGCGCCCUUGGUCGCCAGCCCAACGACACGGAGGUUCAGUCCAUGAUCAAUGAGGUUGACUCGGAUGGUAAUGGUUCCAUCGCGGGUCGUGAGUUCUGUAACAUUAUCGUUCGCAAGAUGCGUGACACGGGCCAGGAGCAGGAGCUGCGCGAGGCUUUCCGCAUUUUCGACAAGGAGAACAACGGCUAUAUUACCACCACCGAGCUAAAAAAUGUUUUCUCGGCGUUGGGCGUUAAGCUUGGCGACGACGAGUUGGAGGAAAUGAUACGCGAGUACGAUUUGGAUCAGGACAAUCACAUCAAUUACGAGGAGUUUGUUAACAUGAUGACAACGCGAUAGCCUCUCUCUUUUAAGGCAACAGAAGAACCUUUCAAACCACCUUAGAUCUAUUUGUCAAUAUAUAUUUUUGGUUUGUUAUUUAGGAACUGACACUAAAACGAAAAGAA